UCUGUUGGUCCAGACUGAGAGCUUCUUUUUGAAAGCCAUGAUUUUAUCAUUGGCUUGAAAAAUGUCACACGCUUGGCCUUGGAUCAACAGGUUUAGCAUAUUGAAAUGGUCCAGGAUGUCAGAAAGAUAAGCUACCUUUAUAAGCCAAGACUGAUCUCGCAGGUGAUCGGCAAGAUUGGACUGUUUAUUUGUCAAGAAUGCCUCAACCUCAUGCCUCAACUUGUACACACUGUUCACCACUUUACCCCGUGACAGCCAACGAACCUCAGAGUGCGAGAGCAGAUGAACAUGAUCUGCACCCAUCUCAUCACACAGAGCUGUAAAUAGACGGGAAUUUGUCGGAUUGGCCUUAAUGAAGUUCGCUAUUUUGACCACUUGAUUUAAAACUUCAUGAAGCUCUGUGGACAGGCAUUUAGAGGCAAGUCCUCUUGAUGAAUAACACAGUGUGUUGCCUGCACUGAUGGUGAAACGGCUUUUACCCGAGCAACAACUCCAUUGUGCCUGCCGGUCAUAGCUGCCGCCCCACCUGUGCAGACACCGAUGCAACGCCCCCAUAUCAACUCAUGCCCAGAGAUGAACCCAUCAAGCAUACGGAAUAUUCCUCCAGUGGUUGUGGUCCCUGGAAGCACCUUACAAAACAAAAAAUCCUCAUGAAAUCCUCAUGAAAAUUUUUUUUCUCUUUUUCUUUCUGGGGCUAGUUAAAUCGGCAUCAGCGGACCCUUUCAGCCACAGCUCCAUUGUUUACACUCAGGAGCAGCUGUUAGCACUGCGCAACACCAAGGUACUCCCUGUGGAAAGACCGGUGAUCCCUGUGGAAAGACCAGUGAUCCCCACGGAAUGAAGGAGAAGGAGAAGGGGAUGCAGAGCUGGAAUGAAGUGCCGGGAGAAGAAAAGACGGUAUAAACCAUGUAUACCAUCUGUCAUCAUGGGAAACGUAAGAUCUCUCCCUAAUAAGAUGGAUGAGCUAACAGCGCUAACCAGGCUGCAGAGGGAGUACCAGGAGAGCCUUAUGUGCUUCACAGAGACUUGGCUGAAUGAACUCUCACCGGACUCACACGUCACUCUGGACGGAUUUCAACUCAUGAGAGCAGACAGGAAAGCCAAGGAGAGCGGUAAGAGGAAAGGAGGGGUAUAGCGAUGUUUGUGAAUGACAGAUGGUGUAACCCGGGGCACAUCAGGGUAAAGGAGCAGUACUGCAGUAAAAACAUUGAACUGCUAGCGGUUAGCAUUCGGCCAUAUUACCUCCCGAGGGAAUUCUCACACGUUAUCGCGAUAGCUGUGUACAUCCCCCCCGGCGGCCGAUGCUGCUGCAGCCUGUGAGCUCUUACACACUACAGUGUCAAAGCUUCAGACAUCGCACAGUCCCUGCUACUAAUCUCCGGUCACUUCAAUCAUGCUUCCCUGUCCUCCACCCUCCCAACCUUCACUCAGUAUGUGAAAUGCCACACCAGAGACAAGAGAACUUUGGAUUUAAUGUAUGUGAACACCAAGGACGCAUAUAGUUCAUCACCCCUCCCCCCGCUGGGCCGUUCUGACCACAAUCUGGUUCGCUUGUCCCCUACAUACAUACCUAUGGUGAAUAAACAACCACCCACCAAGAGGUAUGUAAGGAGCUGGUCUGAGGAGACCAGUAUGGCACUGAGGGACUGCUUUGACACCAUGGACUGGGAUGUGUUGUGUGAACCUCACGGGGAUGACAUUGAUAGCCUGACAACCUGCAUCACGGAUUACAUUAAUUUCUGUGUUGAAAACACUGUGCCAGUCAGGAAGGUACGGUGUUUUCCCAACAAUAAACCCUGGGUGACCUCUGAACUACAGUUUUUUUCAAUUGCUUACACACAAAACCUUUCUAUAUUACACUAUUUCUAAACUCUGUCACUCAAACUUCACAACUCCACCUCAAAUCAGCAAAACCAUAAACUAAUUCUCAGCCUUGACACAGUUUUCAAUUUAGCUAUUCACUUUCUGCAAAUCAAUACACACAAUUCUCUACCUAACACACGAAAAUCUAACAGGAAGUAACUUGAUUUCCUAUUUCAAACACAACCAAUCAAAAUGCCAAACUUAUUCCUCAGUGCCUCAGACUAUGUCCUCAUAUGUGCAAACAAUAAUUGCUUUAAUGAACACCAACCAAUCACUGCCUGUCAUAGGCCUAUAAACAGGGUAAAGGUCAAGUUAUCAGUCUUGAACAAUGGAUAACAACAAUGCAGAGAGAGCCAGGGGAUUCAGAGGAAGGCACAGAGGACGACGAGGAGUUCGGGUUCGUGGAGGACACUUUGGAAAGGGAGCAGGAAGAGGAAAAGGACUAGGACAAGUUGAAGGAGGAAGGGACGAAGAACCAAAAAGAAUAGUCUCUGAUGAGAUUAGGGCUACUCUGAUUGAUCAUGUGAUCAAUCAUGGGUUGACCAUAAGAGAGGCGGGACUCAGAGUCCAGCCCAACUUGAGUCAAUUUACAGUGGCGGCCAUAAUUCGAACUUUUCGAAAUGAGAACAGAGUGGAAAGACAACAGCAUCAUGGAGGACGAGGUCGUAUAUUUUCACAAGAGCAGGAGACCGCAAUUGUGAAUAUGGUUUUGGCAAAUAAUGCCAUUAGAAUCGGUGAGAUUCAAAUUCAUAUUUUGGAAGACAUCACCAUAUUCAACAAUAUUGAUGCUGUUAGUCUAUCUACGAUACAUCGGGUCCUCCAGAGGAAUCAGUUACGGAUGAAGCAGCUGUACAGGGUCCCAUUUGAAAGGAACUGUGACAGAGUCAAGAACCUGCGGCGUGACUAUGUGGAGAGAAUUUUGGAGAGGGAUGCCCACCCCAUCCUCCAUGAAUACAUUUAUGUGGAUGAGGUGGGAUUCAACCUCACAAAGUCAAGACGGAGGAGGAGAAACAUCAUUGGACAGAGGGCAAUUGUCAAUGUCCCAGGCCAAUGUGCAGGAAAUGUCACCAUGUGUGCCACCAUAACGCAGAAUGGUGUCCUGCACCACCAUGCAACACUUGGCCCCUAUAACACUGGUCAUAUCCUAACAUUUCUGGACAAUAUUCAUGGUAUUCUUGCUCCAAAGGAAGAGAAUCCAGAACAGGCAAGAUUUGUGGUUAUAUGGGAUAAUGUCAGUUUUCAUCGCUCCCAACUGGUCCAAAAUUGGUUUGUCAACCAUCCCCAUUUUUCUGUUGUCAACCUGCCUCCAUAUUCACCAUUUCUUAACCCAAUCGAAGAAUUCUUCUCAACAUGGCAUUGGAAAGUGUAUGAUCAUCGUCCCUAUGCCCGCCUUACACUUCUCCAGGCAAUGGAGGAAGCAUGUGGUGACACUGAUGCUGCUUCUAUCCAAGGUUGGAUACGCCACACAAGACGAUUCUUUCCUCGAUGUUUGGCAAGAGAAAAUAUAGCAUGUGAUGUUGAAAUAUUGUGGCCAGACCCAGCCUGGAGGAGAGAUUCAUCCUAAAUACACACCCAACUUGCUCUCCCCAUCAACAAACACACACACACACACACACACACACACACUUUUUCAUACAUGUCUAUUUUUUGGUUGCUGUAUCACCAUAUGUGGUGGUUGGUGCACUUUGCUUUCUUUUUUUCUUAUAUGCUGUACAAUACUGCAUUCACAACAGCAACCGAUUUAUUCAGAAAAUUUAAUAUUUUUGGUUCCAGAAUUGCUUGUGUUGACUUCUAUUUGCAUAAUACUGUAUUUUCAUUCUUGUAUGGCAAUAUAUAAAAAAAAAAUAAAAACAAAAGAGCUUUAGAUUUAGAGCAACAGUGUGUAAAUGAUAUACACACCACGGGCGAUUGCUCUAAGACAACGAGGGAGGCUCAGCCUCCUCUAAAAAUGACGAACAUCGUGUAGGAUGAAUUGCGCUAGGCUUAUGUUAUAGCCGACCUUAUAACAUUGCUAUUUCAGAUCCAGAAUCAUAGAAAUAUAUGUGCUCAACCCACUACAGUGUGAAAUCAUUCCGUUAUAACUUUCCCCAGUUCGCCUAAUGUGUGCGUGAGUUUUUCCCCCUCGUGACAGCGCGAUGCAGCCCAGCCUCAGUGGAUUGGGAGCUAUGUGCUUGUCAAUCUCAAAAUGCAAGACGAUUAUUGGACAAAUACUGUGAAAACGCCCGCCCACGGAGUCUCAUGGACUCCCAGCCUCAAUGGACUUCAACGGCAUUUGGGAGCUCUGCGCUUUUCAAUCUCAAAAUGCAAGACGGUUAUUGGACAAAUACUGCGAAAACACUCCGCCUACGGACUCCCAGCCUCACAUGGGAGGGACAUGGCAGUUUCCGCGAGGAGACUGGUGAUUGGUGAAAGCGGCCGGAUAUUUUCUUUGAUUGACAGCUCGUUUCAACUAUAGACAGGCAGCACAGUGUUGCCAGAUUGGGUGGUUUCCCGCCUAAUUGGGCGGUUUUAAGUGCAUUUUGGCGGGUUUUGAACAUAUUUUGGGCUGGAUAACGUCAGCAGUAUCUGGCAACAUCAGUUCAGUCCCAUGCAGAUUCGCAAGUGCUGUGG